AUGUCGCGUCCUUUCCCAUAUACCUUUAUAUCAUGCCCCUGCGCCGACACUCCGGUCCCCGAUCCAGCGAGGAAACGAAAGUCGAGGGAGUCCCCGCAGAAGUCACCACAUAAACCAUCACCCGAGCGGGCAAACACAGACCAAGACAAGAAUUUGGCAGCAAAAGAGGAGCAACAAGCAGAGGAUGAGGAUGAGGAUGAGGAUGAAGAGCAAACAUUCGAUCCCCGCUCUCCACGGUCCAACUUCUCGCUGUAUCCGCCCGAACAGCUUCUCUACUGCGAGGAGUGCCAUCAGAUCAAAUGCCCCCGAUGUAUUACGGAGGAAAUUGUGAGCUGGUAUUGUCCUAGCUGCUUGUUUGAAACCCCGAGCAGUAUGGUGCGGAGUGAUGGGAAUCGGUGUGGCCGGAAUUGUUUCAAUUGUCCUGUCUGCACGGCUCCGCUGGCUGUCAGUACCAUUGAGAAUGCUACAGGGAACGGGCCUCAGCAGGGUCCGUGGGUGUUGUCUUGCGGAUACUGUCUCUGGACGACGUUAGACAUCGGCAUCAAAUUCGACAAGCCGACGAAUAUCCGCAGUCAACUGCAAAAGAUGACAGACUCCACUGCCCCGGCUAUACUGGACCGCUCGAGGCAAGGUUCUCGCGCUUUUGGAGAUCUGAAACAUCCGUUGUCCAGCUACGCAUCGAUUGAUGAACCAUCCAAUGCACGCGAGCGUGAUGGAGAGCAAGCUGCACCGAAAGACGAAGCGGCCGCAUCUCCAAUGGGCACGGAUGCCCGGUUCGCAGCCCUGAAAAGCUUUUACCGUACACAGAUUGCCGAGACAUCAAACUCGCCAAAUGAUCACCUUAGCUCGGAAUUUGGGUUCUCCUCACCUGGCGCCCUAAACCGUCUCAUGUCUCUCUACACAUCUUCGUCACGACUAAGCGGGCUAUAUGGUGGCAGCAAAAAACCCAAAUCCAAGCCACCUGUUAUGCGCGAAGCGCUGACAACGAGCGAGGGACUUCAGAUCGCCCCAGAAAACAACGAGACAGACAUGAUUGCACGUCUUCAGUCUCCAGAAUGUGGGUGGGAUGGUAUGGCUUCGAUAGACCAGCGCGCAACCCAAUCACCGGAAGCCCGCUUCGUCGACGAUCUCCUCCCACUCCCAGUUCUCCUCCGCACCAAGCGAGCCAAGCGCUGCAAGUCCUGCAAGCACAUCCUCGUGAAACCCGAGACCAAGCCGCAAUCUACUCGCUUCCGCAUCCGCCUCAUUGCCCUUAGCUACAUCCCCCUCCCAACCCUCCGACCUCUAGCCCUCUCUUCCUCAUCGGCCCUUCCAGCCAUGGCCCAAACCACCGACCUCAACUCCCUCCCACCCCUGCGGCCAAUCCACGUCCUCCUUACCCUCAAAAACCACAUGUUCGACCCAGUCCGCAUCACCCUCGCCACGCCCCCCGUGACCCCAGGCCAGGUUGCAACGAAAGUCACAGUUCUCUCUCCGCAGUUCGAGAUUGGCGCAAACAGCGAUGUUUGGGAUGAGGCGUUGCAGGGUACAUCUGCGCCCUUGACGAGUGACUCUCGCUCCGCUGUUCUACGCGGAGUCCCCGAGGCAGGCAAGGUCUGGGACAAGGGCCGGAACUGGACGACGGUCGUGUUGGAGGUUGUCCCUGGUACAUUGCCUGGAAGUAGUGCAGAAGGUGGUGAUGGGAGUCCCAAUACCGGGACUAAUGAUGAGGAUGUCGUGGCCGUUGCGGCUUCCAAGCAGGAUGAGGAUGUGCUUGAGAUUCCGGUUUUCGUUCAUAUGGAUUGGGAUGCGGAUGCGCAGCUGGAUCAGCAGAAUGUUGGGAAGGGGUCUAAGCUUGAUGAUAAGGUUACCAGGGAGUUGGCUUAUUGGAUGGUGCUUGGUGUGGGGAGAAUUCAGCCUUCGUUGUAG